UUUUGCAAAUGUCCUUGAAUCAUUGGGAAUAUGGAAGCAUUCAUGAAACGAGCUAGCAAGCAAGCUUGGCCCAAGAUUCUUUCAACCUUGACCGCUGCUGGCCGUUUACGUUUGUCAGCUGGCUGCCAGUCGAGGCUGGCAACGGAGCGGGAAAGAUGUCUGUGCCCGGUGGAGCGCAGAAUGAUGAGACCCGGCCGGGGACUGAGGUUGUGAAGGGUCAGGUGUUCGACGUUGGGCCAAGAUAUACGAAUUUGUCCUAUAUUGGAGAAGGUGCCUAUGGAAUGGUUGUGUCGGCGACGGACAAUCACACCAAAACCAAAGUGGCCAUUAAGAAGAUAUCGCCCUUCGAGCAUCAGACAUACUGUCAACGUACGUUGCGCGAGAUCAAAAUAUUGACGCGCUUCAAGCAUGAGAACGUGAUCGACAUCAGAGACAUUAUCCGGACACCGACCAUAGAGAACAUGAAAGAUGUGUACAUCGUGCAGUGUCUCAUGGAGACCGACCUCUACAAACUGCUCAAGACGCAGAAACUGAGUAACGACCACAUCUGCUACUUCCUGUACCAGAUCCUACGGGGUCUCAAGUACAUACACUCUGCGAACGUGCUUCACAGGGAUCUGAAGCCGAGUAACCUGCUCCUCAACACCACGUGUGACCUGAAGAUCUGCGACUUUGGUCUGGCGCGGGUGGCCGACCCGGACCACGACCACACGGGUUUUCUGACCGAGUACGUGGCCACGCGCUGGUACCGGGCGCCAGAGAUCAUGCUCAACUCAAAGGGCUACACCAAGUCGAUCGACAUCUGGUCGGUGGGCUGCAUCCUCUGUGAGAUGCUGAGCAACCGGCCCAUCUUCCCGGGUCGCCACUACCUGGACCAGCUGAAUCACAUCCUAUCCGUGCUGGGCAGCCCGUCCCAGGACGACCUUCAGUGCAUCAUCAACGAAAAGGCCCGCAACUACCUGCAGUCGCUGCCGUACAAGCCCAAGAUCCCGUGGACGACUCUGUACCCGGAGGCGGACGCGCGGGCGCUGGACCUGCUGGACCGCAUGCUGACGUUCAACCCGCACAAGCGGAUCACUGUGGAGGACGCCCUGAGUCACCCCUACCUGGAGCAGUACUACGACCCGGCCGACGAGCCGGUCGCAGAGGAGCCGUUCACUUUUGAGACAGAGCUGGACGACCUGCCGAAGGAGGAGCUCAAAGAGCUCAUAUUCCAGGAGACAGAGAAGUUCAAAACGGGCGCACCGCCGGCGGCCGCGCCGGCAGCCAUGUAGGCGACAUCCGGGUGCACGGGGAGAUGAGUCGCCGACCGAGCAGCGCGGCGCGCCCGUGACGGUGACGACGCACCGGGCCGGCACAGGGGGCGCUCCUGGCGCCGGCGGCCCGCCGCGCGGCCCGCACCGUGCCAAGGAGAUUGAGAGCGAGCGCUGAUGGCCGGCGCACGCUCAGUACAAAGGAGGACCGAGGCGCUGGCAGAGAUCAGCGCAGGCCACACCUGACGCGGACAGGGCGAGAGAGAGAAUGCGAGAGAAAGGUAGUGAGAGGGCGAGAGAGAGAGUGGUGCGCAGCGCGGGCGCGCCGGGCCGUAGUCAGUGAGAUGAGCGCGGUGGGGGCCGUAAUGACGCAAUCGAUGUUUUUACUGGUUACUAUUUGAAGCCUUUUGUCGAUGUGAGGUGUGCCGGUCGCGGGCCGAGCGUGCCGCCCGCUGCAUUCCACGCCGUCAGCGUCCCGCGGCGGCCGACCUACGGCGCCGCUCCGCCGCUGCCGCGCGCGCUUCUGGCCGCCGCCGCCGCUGCGCCGAUUUAGCCGGUGUGAAUCGUGCCGCUAUGCGUGUGAUGAUGUGGCCUGAUCAGUCAGUCUGUCGCUGGUGCACCGCUGGACGUUACUGUCCCGCCGCGCGCGGCCAGCCCGGCGGGUGAGACCGCCGCGUCUCCUCAGCUCCUCCUCGCGGUCUGAGGAGGGCUCUACCACCCCGGCCCACCCCACGGUCCCCCGUCCCCCGGUAACCCUGCAACUCCGCAGCCGCUGCUUUUUGGUGGGCCGCUCGCGGGUUCACUCCCUGAUCACUAGUGAGCCUCCCUACUUGGGAUUGAUGAAUUUCUUUGUCGAGGAAUCUAUGAAUCGUCCCCGGUCGAAUGAACUAGUGAACUUUGUGUGGAGCGGCGAACUAGCCUGCGUGGGGCCGUUGGAUCUACUAUCAUGGGAGCUAGUGAUCAUCUAUCGAUCGAGGGAUCACUGAGCCUUCCUGUUGGAUAGUUUGGUCACCGGCAACCUCCCUGUCGUAUGGCUGGUGACUGGUAACGGACCGUCCCAGUCCCCCGGCUGGUGCCGUCUCCUCCCCCUCCCCCCUAAACCCUCGCUCGUGACUGUGCUUCCUGUGCGGCGGGACACUCGGUUCAGGGGUGACCACGAUGGGACUCUUGUCAUUGUUACGUGAUAAUCGUAUUUCCUGUCACCAGAAUAAAUGUUUCGAUCAUGUCCCAAA